CCCGGGUUGCUGGGGGGAAAAAGAUGGCUUUUUGCGGAGCUUCUCUGGGCACCGUGCUGCUCCUGCUCGCCCAGUGCUCCCCAGUUGCCCCCGAACUGGGCGGCGAGGCGGUGCCGGAGGGAGCUUCCACCCUGGCGUUCGUCUUUGAUGUGACCGGCUCCAUGUACGACGAUCUGGUGCAAGUUAUCGAGGGAGCAUCCAAAAUCCUGGAAACGUCGCUAAAAAGACCCAAGAGACCGCUCUACAAUUUCGCCUUGGUGCCGUUCCACGAUCCAGAAAUUGGUCCAGUGACAAUAACCACAGAUCCCAAGAAAUUCCAAUUUGAACUCAGGGAACUUUACGUUCAGGGUGGUGGAGACUGUCCAGAGAUGAGCAUUGGAGCAAUAAAGAUUGCCCUGGAGAUCUCUCUCCCUGGUUCUUUCAUCUAUGUAUUCACUGAUGCACGAUCCAAAGAUUAUAGACUCACCCAUGAAGUGCUUCAGCUCAUCCAGCAAAAACAAUCCCAGGUAGUGUUUGUACUGACUGGAGACUGUGAUGACAGGAAUCAUAUUGGUUACAAGGUCUAUGAAGAAAUUGCCUCAACAAGUUCUGGCCAGAUUUUUCACCUGGACAAAAAACAAGUUAAUGAGGUGUUGAAAUGGGUUGAAGAAGCAGUUCAAGCCUCCAAAGUGCAUCUCUUGUCUACAGACCAUCUGGCCAUGGCUGUUAAUGUUUGGCAGAUCCCUUUUGAUCCAAGUCUGAAAGAGGUUACGGUGUCUUUGAGUGGUCCUUCACCAGCAAUUGAAAUCCAUGAUCCAUUAGGCAAGCAGAUCACUAAAGGAUCAGGACUGAAUGAAUUGCUUAAUAUCCACAACUCUGCAAAGGUAGUAAAUGUCAAAGAUCCAGAGCCUGGGACAUGGACAAUUAAGACCUCCAGCAGUGGGAGGCACUCAGUGCGCAUCACGGGUCUCAGCACCAUUGACUUCAGAGCUGGGUUUUCUAGGAAGCCAACAUUAGACUUUAAAAAAACAGCCAGCAGACCAGUGAAAGGAAUUCCUACCUUUGUGCUGCUCAAUACCACAGGGAUCUUGCUUCCAGCCAGAGUAGACCGACUGGAACUUCUGAGUAUUACAGGGGAACUUCUUAAGACCUUGCCUGUGAAAUAUUAUCCUGAGAGAAAGCCCUAUGGACUAUGGAAUAUUUCUGACUUCAUUCCACCAGAUGAAGCUUUUUUUGUUAGAAUAACAGGCUAUGACAAGGAUGAUUACCUUUUUCAGAGAGUUUCAAGUGUUUCAUUUUCUAGUAUCACUCCUGAUGCUCCAAAAGUUACAAUGCCUACCAAGACUCCAGGGUAUUACUUACAGCCAGGGUCUAUUCUUUGCCACGUUGAAAGUCUUAUACCUUUUACUCAACGUUUUACUAAAAAUGGAGUGAAACUUGGAGUGGAUCAGUUCUUCAAAGAAUCAUCCAGUAUGAGCUGGGAUAUUGCCAUGGUCUCCUUGUCUGAUGAAGGCUUUUAUGAAUGCAUGGCAACCAGCAGCGUGGGGACUGGCUAUGCCCAGACAUUUCUGGAUGUGUCAGAACCCCCACCCCUCAUUCAGGUUCCUAAUAAUGUCACAGUGGUCCCUGGGCAAGGAGCCAUUCUGACCUGCCUGACUUUAAGUACAGUGCAUUACAACCUCACCUGGCAGAGGAAUGGCAGAGAUGUGAGGCUGAAGGAGCCCCUGAGGAUGAGGAUGAUGAGCAACCUGUCCUUAGAGGUGAAAUCUGUAAAGCUCACAGAUGCUGGCAAGUACAACUGCAUUGCUUCUAAUGAGGGGGGAUCUACCACAGCAUCAGUCUUCCUUACAGUGCAAGAACCACCUAGGGUAGUUAUUUCACCUAAGAAUCAGACUUUUCUAGAAGGCUCUGAAGUGUCUAUCAGGUGUUCUGCAACAGGUUAUCCAAAGCCAACAGUAGUAUGGACACACAAUGACAUGUUUAUUAUUGAUUCAAGCAGAUUCAGAUUGACCCCAGAAGGCACCUUAAUCAUAAGGAGGGCAGCUCCAAAAGAUGCAGGAAUUUAUGGUUGCUUGGCAAGUAACUCAGCUGGGACAGAGAAACAAAUAUCCACUCUUACAUAUAUUGAGGCCCCAACCUUGACUGUAGUUCAAAAUGAAAUUCUAGUUGCUCUUGGAGACACAACUACUAUGGAGUGUAAACCAACUGGAACCCCACACCCCCAAGUGAAAUGGUUUAAAGGUGACUUAGAGCUGAGGGAAUCAGCAUUUCUCAUUAUUGAUCCUCAUCGGGGUCUUUUGAAGAUCCAGGAAACACAGGAUCUGGAUGCUGGUGACUACACCUGUGUGGCUACCAAUGAUGCAGGGAGAGCUUCUGGAAAAAUAACUCUAGAUGUUGGCUCUCCCCCAAUUUUCACACAGGAGCCCAGUGAUGAGUCUGCUGAUAUUGGAUCAAACCUUACCCUGCAGUGCUAUGUUCAGGGUUACCCAGAACCCAGGGUUAAAUGGAGGAGGCUAAAUGGGGCUUCUCUUUUCUCCAGACCAUUUGCAGUCAGUUCCAUCAGUCAGCUCAGAACAGGAGCUCUCUCUAUUCAUAAUCUCUGGGUUAGUGAUGAAGGAGCUUACAUCUGUGAAGCUGAGAACCAGUUUGGAAGGAUCCAGUCACGUCCAGCCACCAUCACAGUAACUGGACUGGUUCCACCUCAGAUUGGAGUAAGUCCAGCCACAGCCAAUGUCAUUGAGGGUCAGCAGCUCACUUUGCCCUGUGUUCUUCUUGCUGGGAACCCCCUUCCAGACCAGAGGUGGAUUAAAAACAGUGUGGUGCUGGUUCCCAAUCCCUACAUUAAUAUUCGUGGUGAUGGAAGUCUGCACCUGGAAAGAGUUCGGCUGCAGGAUGGGGGCAAUUAUACCUGCAUGGCAAGUAAUGUUGCUGGGACAAGCAACAAAACCACUACUGUUAAUGUGUAUGUUCUGCCUAUCAUUCAGCAUGGGCAGCAGAUAUUCAGCACCAUUGAAGGAAUCCCAGUAACAUUACCAUGCAAAGCAAGUGGUGUUCCUAAGCCAUCUAUUAUGUGGUCUAAGAAAGGAGAAGAAAUUCUUCCCAGCAAUGUGAAAUUUUCUGCAGGGUCUGAUGGAAGCCUGCAUGUAGUUUCACCAGGGGGUGAAGAGACUGGGGAAUACGUGUGCACUGCAACAAAUGCUGCUGGUUAUGCUACAAGGAAAGUCCAGCUGACAGUCUAUGUGAAACCUAGAGUAUCCAGGCCUGGAGACCAGGAAGGAAAUGCCUCUGAUAACCCCAUAGAGAUCUCAGUACUUGCAGGGGAAGAUGUCACACUUCCCUGUGAAGUGAAGAGCUUGCCACCCCCCAUCAUUACCUGGGCCAAAGAAAUGCAGCUCAUAUCUCCAUUCUCCCCAAGACACACUUUCCUACCCUCAGGGUCAAUGAAGAUCAGUGAGACACAAGUUUCAGACAGUGGAAUGUAUCUCUGUGUAGCCACAAAUAUUGCUGGGAAUGUGACUCAGUCAGUGAAGCUAAGUGUACAUGUCCCCCCAAAGGUGCAGCGUGGGCCUCGAGUGUUGAAAGUCCAGGCUGGCCACAGAGUUGACCUCCCCUGCAGUGCCCAGGGCAUCCCUCCCCCAUCCACCACUUGGUUCAAGGGCAGGAGUGCAGUGCCUAUAGAUGGUGGGCAGUUUAUCCACAGCCUGGAUGGAGCUCUCAGCAUCACCAACGUCCAGCUUCCUGAUGCUGGAACCUACACGUGUGUUGCUAGCAAUGCAGUGGGGAGUGACACGUUGGAGAUAACAGUACAAGUUCAAGUGUCUCCUACUAUCAAGGACCUGGACCCUCCAUACAACAGUCCCUUUCAGGAGAGAGUGGCAAAUCAGCGGGUUGCAUUCCCCUGCCCAGCAAAAGGUGUUCCAAAGCCUGAUAUCAAAUGGCUACAUAAUGGAAGAGAGCUGACAGGGAGUGAACCAGGGAUUUCAGUUCUGGAGGAUGGGACACUGCUGAUCAUAGCUGCUGUUACACCUUCUGAUAAUGGAGAGUAUAUCUGUGUGGCAACCAAUGAAGCUGGAAGCACAGAAAGAAAGUACAACCUGAAAGUUAAUGUUCCUCCUGAAAUUAGAGAUCAAGAAAAGGUGACUAAUACAUCUGUAGUUGUUCAUCACCCUGUAAUCCUCUUCUGUGAGGUAUCUGGUAACCCCUUACCAGUCAUCUCCUGGUAUAAAGAAGAUAUCCAGGUUGUGGAAAGCAGUACUCUCCAGAUUUUGCACAAUGGGAAGAUACUGAAGCUCCUUAAAGCUACUACUGAUGAUGCUGGACAAUAUUCAUGCAAAGCCAUCAAUGUAGCAGGAAGUUCUGAGAAACUGUUUAACCUAGAUGUACUAGUUCCACCAAGUAUAGCAGGUGCUGGAACCCCCAGGGAAAUUGCUGUCAUCCUCAACCAGGAAAUCAGCCUGGAAUGUAGAGCCAAAGGCUUCCCUUUUCCUGAUAUUCACUGGUUCAAAGAUGGCAAGCCCUUGUUUUUGGGUGAUCCAAAUGUUGAGCUUCUGGACAGAGGUCAAGUUCUCCACAUCAAGAGUGCUCGAAGGGUUGACAAAGGUCGUUACCAGUGCAGUGCCACCAACCCUGCUGGCAAACAGGUGAAGGAGAUCAAGCUGAACAUCCAUGUCCCCCCUAGUAUCAAAGGAGGGAAUAUUACCACAGAGGUGUCCACACUUCUUAACAAUCUUAUAAAUCUGGAGUGUGAAACCAAGGGAAUCCCUGCUCCUACCAUUACAUGGCUCAAGGAUGGACACCCCAUUAUUUCCAGCCCCCAAGCUCUCUAUGUGGACAGAGGUCAAUUCCUGAAGAUCCCUCAGGCCCAGGUCUCAGAUUCUGCAAAGUACACUUGUCGUGUGAGCAGUGCUGCUGGAGCUGCUGAAAAACAUUACUACGUGGAUGUCUAUGUUCCUCCAGUAAUUGAGGGCAAUGGUGACACAGCCCAGAAGAGGCAGGUUGUUGCUGGAAAUUCACUGACACUGGAAUGUAAAGCUGCUGGCAAUCCUCCACCUCUCCUUACCUGGUUAAAAGAUGGUGUGCCUGUGAAAGCAAGUGACAGCCUCCAUAUUCUGUCUGGUGGAAAGAAGCUGGAGAUUCUGAAUGCUGUUGAGGCUGACCAGGGCCAGUAUUUGUGUGUGGCUACAAGCAUAGCUGGAGAGCAAGAAAUCAAAUAUGAAGUUGAAAUCUUAGUCCCACCAUUUGUGGAAGGUGGAGGUGAGCUCUUGGACUACAUUGUGAUUCUCCACAGUCCUAUUGAGUUGGAUUGUUCAGCAUCAGGGAUGCCCUCACCCACUAUCACGUGGUUGAAAGAUGGUCAAGCAGUUGACCAGGGAGCUGGACGUAAGAUCUUAUUAAAUGGACAGAAACUUCUCAUCUCUCGAGCUCAAGUGUCAGACAGUGGCCACUAUAAAUGUGUGGCUGCAAAUCAGGCAGGAGAACAUGAAAGGGAGUUUGAUGUCACUGUGCAUGUUCCUCCAACCAUCAAAUCAGCUUUGACUUCUGAGAGAGCUGUGGUGAUCUACAAGCCUGUGACACUGCAGUGCAUAGCCAAUGGUAUUCCCAGCCCUUCCAUAACUUGGUUAAAAGAUGGUCAACCAGUAAACACCGCCAGAGGAAAUAUAAGACUGGAGUCUUCAGGACGUGUUCUCCAAGUUGCCAAGGCCCUGCUGGAAGAUGCUGGCAGGUACACUUGUGUGGCAACAAAUGCUGCAGGAGAAGCCCAACACCACAUUCGUCUUCAUGUGCAUGAACCACCCACUCUGGAAGAUUCAGGGAAGAUGUUAAAUGAAACAGUGGUGGUGAAUAAUCUGAUUCAUCUUGAAUGCAAAGCAUCUGGGAACCCUCCACCAGCUAUCACCUGGUACAAAGACAACAGUCCUCUUGCCACUGCUGCCAGUGCCACUUUCCUGCAGAGAGGGCAGGUUCUGCAGAUUGAGGGGGCUCAGGUCUCUGACACUGGUGUGUACAAAUGUGUGGCUGUCAACACAGCAGGCAUGGCUGAGUUAUCUUACAGUCUUCAGGUUCAUGUUCCACCAUCAAUCUCUGGUAGCAGUGACAUGGUGACAGUGGUGGUUAACAAUCAAGUGCAACUGGAGUGUGAAGCCAGAGGCAUCCCUGCACCUAUUCUAACAUGGUUAAAAGAUGGUAGCCCUGUUUCCAGCCUUAAUGAUGGACUCCAGGUUCUGUCUGGGGGCAGGGUCUUGGCAUUAAGCAGUGCUCACAUCAGUGACACAGGGAAGUACACGUGUGUUGCAGUCAAUGCUGCAGGAGAGAGCCAGAGAGACAUUGAGCUCAGAGUUCAUGUUCCACCAGACAUCAUGGGAGAGGAGCAGAACAUCUCUGUGCUGAUGAACCAAGAUGUGGAGCUACUCUGCCAGAGCAAUGCCAUUCCCCCACCCAUGCUGACCUGGCUCAAAGAUGGGAGACCCUUACUGAAGAAGCCAGGUCUUAGCAUUUCUGAAGAUGGAAGCUUGCUGAAGAUUGAAGGAGCUCAAGUCCAGGACACUGGCCGGUACACUUGUGAAGCAACAAAUGUUGCUGGGAAAAUGGAAAAGAAUUAUAAUGUCAAUAUUUGGGUCUCCCCAAGUAUUUAUGGCUCAGAUGACACCUCUCAGCUGACAGUAGUUGAAGGGAGCUUGAUAAGCCUGAUAUGUGAGUCCAGUGGCAUCCCACCACCCAGCCUUACCUGGAAAAAGAAUGGCUCUCUGCUGGUGGCUGACAUUUUGGGAAGAGUCCGGAUAUUAUCUGGAGGCAGACAGCUACAGAUUUCCAUGGCUGAACAGUCUGAUGCUGCAUCUUACACCUGUGUUGCUUCAAAUGUAGCUGGAAGUGCAAAGAAAGAAUACAGUUUGCAAGUAUACAUUCGACCGACCAUCCAAAGCAGUGGUAGUAUCCACCCAUCAGAAGUCACUGUUACCCAAGGACAUGAAAUUUCUUUGGAGUGCAGAGCACAGGGUAUUCCAGAGCCAACAAUAACGUGGAUGAAGGAUGGCCACCCACUGGUCAGUGGAAGUGACAUUGCAAUACUUCAUGGUGGUCACUUUCUGCAGCUGAAAAAUGCCCACGUGUCAGACACUGGUCGCUACGUCUGUAUUGCUGCCAACGUGGCAGGGCUGUCUGACAAAAAAUAUGAUUUAAAUGUUUAUGUUCCCCCAAAUAUUGCUGGUGACCUGCUGAUGCCUGAAAACAUAAGUGUUGUGGAGAAGAAUCCCUUCUCUCUGGUUUGUGAAGCUUCAGGAAUUCCCUUGCCAUCAAUAACUUGGCUCAAAAAUGGGUGGCCUGUCACGCUGAACAGCUCAGUGCGCAUCCUCUCAGGGGGCAGAACACUCCGCCUGACACACACGAGCGUGGCAGAUGAGGGUCAGUACACAUGUGUGGUGACCAAUGCUGCAGGAGAAGUGAGGAAGGAUUUUGACCUUUCUGUUCUAGUGCCUCCAGGAAUUGUGGGUGAAAAUAAAUUGGAAGAUGUGAAAGUGAAAGAGAGGCAGAGAGUUACUCUGACAUGUGAAGCCACAGGGAACCCUGUACCUCAGAUCACCUGGUUAAAGGAUGGACAAGCUCUAGCUGAGGAUGAAGAUCACAAGUUUGUCUCCAGUGGGCAUUUUCUGCAAAUCACCAAUGCCCAGGUGGCUGACACAGGACGCUACACGUGUAUUGCAUCCAACACAGCUGGAGACAAGAGUAAAAGUUACACUCUUAAUGUGCUUGUGUCUCCAACCAUCACGGGUGCAGAUGGCCAUGGCAGUGCAGAAGAUAUCACUGUGAUCCUCAACAGCCCAGUGUCACUUGUUUGUGAGGCUUACUCAUACCCUCCAGCUACAAUAACCUGGUUGAAAGAUGAUAAUCUUGUGGAGUCAAACAGAAAUAUGCGCAUUUUGCCAGGUGGUCGAACCCUCCAGAUUUUAAGUGCCCAGGAGGACAAUGCUGGCAGAUACACCUGUAUAGCCACAAAUGAGGCUGGAGAAACUUCAAAACACUAUGAAAUGAAAGUCUACAUUCCACCCACCAUUAAGAAGGGGGAUAUCUUGGGGAUGGGUCUCUCCCCUAAAGAAGUGAAGAUCAAAGUAAACCACAGCCUUACCCUGGAGUGUGAAGCUCAUGCCAUUCCUGCUGCUGCCCUCAGCUGGUACAAGGAUGGACAGCCCCUUAAACCUGAUGAGCAUCUCCUUAUCCAAGCCAGUGGUCGGGUUCUGCAGAUUAAGGAGGGUCAGGUGUCAGACACUGGUCGGUACACUUGUCUGGCAUCCAACAUUGCUGGAGAGGAUGAAAUGGAAUUUGAUGUAAAUAUACAAGUUCCUCCUCGUUUCCUAAAGCCUUAUAAGGAAUGGGAAGCUGGCAACACAGUGGAUUCAGGAAGAGGUGGAGAAAGUAAAGAUGUGAUUGUCAACAACCCCCUUACCCUAUACUGUGAGACCAGUGCUGUUCCUCCUCCAGUUCUUACAUGGUAUAAAGAUGGCUUUCCCCUGAGCUCUAGUGAUAAAGUACUCAUAUUACCAGGAGGCAGAGUGCUGCAGAUUCCCAGGGCCCAGGCUGGAGAUGCUGGCAGGUACAUGUGUGUGGCAGUCAAUGAAGCUGGGGAGGAUUCCAUUCACUACGACGUCCGUGUGCUCCUGCCACCAUCCAUCAGCAGAGCAGAGGGUGACCUGCCUGAAGAAGUGACUGUGCUUGUGAAGAAGGCUGCAGUGAUGGACUGUGUGGCAAGUGGCAGCCCUGCUCCCAGCAUCACCUGGCACAAGGAUGGCCACCUCCUAGCAGAAGACAACAAAUACAAGUUUUUGUCCAAUGGAAGGAGGCUACAGAUUUUGAAUUCCCAAAUAGCAGAUACUGGCAGGUAUGUCUGCAUUGUGGAGAACAUAGCUGGAAGUGCCAAAAAAAAUUUUAACCUGAAUGUUCAUGUUCCUCCAAGUGUUGUUGGUACCAAUCCUGAGAAUUUGACUGUGGUAGUGAAUAACUUCAUCUCUCUGACUUGUGAGGUCACUGGCUUUCCACCUCCUGAUCUCAGCUGGCUCAAGAAUGGCAAACCUAUCAGUUUGGAUACCAGUGCUUUUAUUGUGACUGGUGCUCGGACUCUGCAGAUUCCCCGAGCCACAUUGCCAGAUGGUGGUGAAUAUACUUGUAUUGCCAGAAAUCAAGCUGGGGAAAGUCAGAAGAAGAGUUUCCUAACUGUGCUUGUGCCCCCAAGCAUCAAAGACCAUAGUAGGACCUCACUGACAGUGCUGAAUGUCAGAGUGGGCACCCCAGUGAUGUUGGAGUGUGAAUCCAAUGCUAUCCCACCUCCAGUCAUCACCUGGUACAAGAACAGACGCCUCAUUUCAGAGUCUGCAAAUGUGGAGAUGUUGGCAGAUGGGCAGAGGUUAAGAAUCAAGGGUGCAGAGGUUUCUGACACAGGACAGUAUGUAUGCAAAGCCAUAAAUAUUGCAGGGCAAGAUGAUAAAAAUUUCCAUCUUAAUGUUUAUGUGCCACCAAAUAUAGAAGGCCCUGAACAGGAGUUGGUCAAUGAAACUAUCAGUAAUCCUGUUACCUUUGUCUGUGAUGCUACUGGGAUUCCUCCACCUACAAUAGUGUGGCUUAAGAAUGGAAAACCAAUGGAAAACUCUGAUUCUCUUGAAGUUCAUGUUUUAUCUGGUGGAAGCAAACUUCAAAUUACUCGUUCUCAGCUUCUGGACAGUGGCACCUACACUUGUAUUGCCUCAAAUGUUGAGGGAAAAGCUCAGAAAAGUUAUGUGCUUUCUGUUCAAGUUCCCCCAAAUAUUGUUGGCUCUGAAGUGCCCAGUGAGGUCAGUGUCCUCCUAGGAGAGAGCACCCAGCUGGUCUGCAAUGCCCAUGGAGUACCCACACCUCUUGUGCACUGGCUUAAAGAUGGAAAACCACUUGCAAGUGAUGAUUUACAAAGAGCAAGAGUAACUCCAGAUGGCAGCACAUUAAACAUCUUCAAAGCCCUCAGUUCUGAUACAGGAAAAUACACUUGUGUGGCUACAAAUCCUGCAGGAGAGGAAGACAGGAUUUUCAACUUAAAUGUAUAUGUUCCUCCAACAAUAGCCAAUCAUAAAGAUGAGCCAGAGGACCUCACUGCCCUUUUGGACACCUCCCUAAAUAUUGAGUGUACUGCUACUGGAACCCCACCACCCCAGAUAAACUGGCUGAAGAAUGGCCUUCCUCUCUCUGUCUCCUCCCAAGUCAGGUUGCUGUCAGCUGGGCAAAUUCUCAGACUUACCCGGGUACAGAUUCCUGAUACUGGUGUGUACACUUGUGUGGCAUCUAACAGGGCUGGACUGGACAACAAACAUUUCAACCUAAAAGUUUUUGCACCACCAAACCUGGAUAAUGCAGGAGGAACAGAGGAGGUGACUGUGGUCAGAGGCACUUCAGCUGUGAUGAAGUGUCUUGCUGAUGGCACUCCUGUCCCCACUGUGUCCUGGCUUAAAAAUGGACAACCUCUGAGCCUGGGAGCUCACCUGAUGCCAAGUAACCAAGGAAUGGUCCUUCAUUUUGGGAAGGCAGAGAUUGGUGACACAGGCAAAUACACUUGUGUAGCAUCCAAUGAAGCUGGGGACACCAGCAAACACUUCUCCCUCAAAGUUCUGGCACCACCUCACAUCAAUGGCUCAGAUCAAUCAGAAGAGCUCUCUGUCAUUGUUAACAACCCUCUUGAGCUUCUCUGCAUGGCUUCUGGCAUUCCAGUCCCCAAAAUCUCCUGGAUGAAGGAUGGGCACCCACUUCUGCAGAAUGAUAAUGUGCAUGUCCUAAGGGAGGGCCUUCAAAUCACCAGUGCUCAGGUGGAGGACACAGGAAGAUACACGUGUUUGGCAUCUAGUCCAGCAGGAGAUGAUGAUAAGGAAUAUUUAGUAAGAGUGCAUGUUCCUCCAAACAUUGCUGGUACCAGUGGUCCACAGGACCUCACUGUGCUGCAGAACAGACAAGUUCUUCUGGAAUGCAAGUCAGAUGCUGUGCCACCUCCAACAAUCUCAUGGCUCAAAAAUGGACAACUUCUAGAGGGAACUCCUCGAGUCCGGAUCCUGUCCAGUGGGAGGUACCUGCAGAUAAACAAUGCUGACCUCAGGGAUUCAGGAACCUACGUGUGUGUGGCAAGGAAUAUUGCAGGAGAAAUGACCAGGGAGUUCCUGCUGACUGUACAUGUUGCUCCUACAAUCCAGAGCAGUCCUCAAGCUGUUGCUGUGCAUGUAAAUGCUUCUGUUGUUCUGGAGUGUGUUGCAGAAGGAGUCCCAACCCCAAGGGUUACAUGGAGGAAGGAUGGGGCUGUUCUUACUGGAAACAAUACAAGGUACUCCAUGUUAGAGGAUGGGUCUCUACACAUCCACUCAGCACAUGUGACUGACACAGGAAGAUUUGUGUGUAUGGCAACCAAUGCAGCUGGCACUGAGCGCAAGCGAACUGAUCUGCAGGUUCUUGUUCCUCCAACUAUUGCUCCUGGACAUACAAAUAUUACAGUUACUGUCAAUGUGCAGACCAUUCUGCCUUGUGAAACCACUGGAAUUCCCAAACCAGUAAUUAGCUGGAAGAAGAAUGGGCAUCUUCUUAGUGUUGAUCAGAACCAGAAUACAUACAGGCUCCUGUCUUCAGGUUCCUUGGUAAUCAUUUCUCCCACUGUGGAUGACACUGGUGUCUAUGAGUGCUCUGUGUCAAAUGAUGCAGGAGAAGAUCACAGAGCAGUUGAGCUCACUGUGCAAGUGCCCCCAUCCAUAGCAGAUGAAGCCAUGGACCUUUUGGUGACAAAGCUGUCUCCAGUAAUAAUUUCCUGCACAGCAUCAGGGGUUCCUGUCCCCUCUGUUCAUUGGACCAAAAAUGGCAUCAAGUUGCUUCCCAAAGGAGAUGGCUACAGAAUCCUCCCUUCAGGUGCUGUAGAGAUAGCAGCAGCUCAGCUCGAGCAUGCAGGGCGCUACACCUGCCUGGCCCGCAACCUCGCCGGCGUCGCACACAGGCACGCGGUGCUGCACGUCCAGGAGCCACCAGUUAUCCAGACACAGCCAGGAGCUCUGGAUGUCAUUGUGAACAAUCCCAUUCUGCUGCCAUGUGAAGCAAGGGGCACACCUCAGCCCAUCAUAAUGUGGCAGAAGGAGGGCAUCAACAUCAUCACAACAGGUGACAACUACACAGUUCUUCCCAAUGGCAGUUUACAGAUUGCAAAAUCCACUCCUGAAGAUGCUGGCACUUACAUGUGUAUUGCUCAGAAUCCAGCUGGCACUGCUCUGGGGAAGAUCAAACUGAAAGUUCAGGUUCCUCCUGUUAUUAAAUCCCACCUCAAGGAAUACGUGGUUCCAGUUGAUCAGUCUGUGGCUCUGCAAUGUGAGGCUGAAGGCUACCCUGCACCAGAGGUCAGCUGGCAUAAAGAUGGAGAGGAAAUAACAGAGUCCAUCAGAAGAAGGAUCCUUAGCACUGGAGUCCUGCAGAUUGUCUUUGUGCAGCCCAGUGAUGCUGGGUGGUACACGUGCAUUGCAGCAAACCUGGCUGGGUCCAGCACUGUCAGCAUGGAGCUUGCUGUGCACAUUCCACCCAAGAUUCACAGUACGGAGGAGCAGUUCACAGUCAGAGAGGACUCCCAGGCUGUUCUGUCCUGUGUGGCUGAGGGAAUUCCAACACCAACAAUAAACUGGAAGAAGGACAAUACCUUGUUAACAGAGGUAGCAGGAAAAUACCAGACUAUGCCAGAUGGAAACCUCAUUUUGGACAAUGUUGUGCCUGAAGAUUCUGGCAGUUACACCUGUGUUGCCAGCAGUGCUGCUGGAGAAGACACCCACACUUUCACCCUGGUAGUUCAUGUGCUUCCAACUUUUACUGAACUGCCUGGAGAUGUAACUCUGAAUAAAGGAGAACAGCUCAGCCUAACUUGCAAAGCCACUGGGAUACCUAUACCCAAAAUAACAUGGACUUUUAACAGUAACAUCAUUCCAGUGCAAUACCUUGAUGAAAAUGGACACAGUGAACUUGUUAUUGAAAGAGUAUCUAAAGAUGACUCUGGCACCUAUGUAUGCACAGCAGAAAAUGUGGUUGGCUCAAUCAAAGCUAUUGGUUUUGUGUAUGUCAAAGAACCUCCAGUCUUCAAAGGGGAUUACAGCUCUAGGCAGACUGAACCAUUGGGUGGCAAUGCUAUGUUGAAUUGUGAAGUCAAAGGAGAUCCCCCUCCAACCAUCCAGUGGCGCAAAAAUGGAGUCCAUGUUCAGAGUAACAACAGGAUCCACCAGCUUAACAAUGGCUCUCUGGCUAUCUACACCACUGUGAAUGAAGAUGCUGGUGACUACAAGUGUGUGGCUACCAAUGAUGCUGGUGUGGUGGAACGCAGUCUGACGUUAACACUUCAGAGUGCUCCAGUCUUUACCAUUGAACCUGUGGAGACAGUUAUAGAAGCUGGUGCAUCAGCAGUGCUGAACUGCCAGGCACAUGGAGAACCUCCUCCAACCAUUAAAUGGUCCCAGCAAGGUCACCCAGUUGUGGGCAAUGAGAGGAUGACAGUCCUGUCUAAUGGCUCCCUGCGCAUUGUUGCUGCACAGAGGGAAGAUACAGCCCAGUAUGAGUGUGUGGCAAGCAAUCUGAUGGGGUCUGUUCUGGUCAGAGUACCACUGACUGUUCAGGUGCAUGGUGGGUUUUCCCACUGGCUGGAGUGGCGAGCGUGCAGCGUCACCUGUGGGCAAGGUGUUCAGGAGCGAGUCCGCCUGUGCAACAACCCUCUGCCAGCAAAUGGUGGGAGGAGCUGCCAGGGACCUGAUACAGACACACGAAGCUGCCACAACAAGCCCUGUCCAGUGGAUGGCAACUGGUCGGAAUGGGCGCCGUGGGAAGAGUGUUCAAAGAGCUGUGGGCAAGGUAACAGGACCAGAACCAGGACCUGCAGUAACCCAUCAGCACAGCAUGGAGGGAAGCCCUGUGAUGGCAGUGCUGUGGAGUCAGUCAUGUGCAAUAUUAGGCCUUGCCCAGUUGAUGGGGCUUGGAGCUCUUGGCUGCCGUGGGGCCCUUGCAGCGAGACGUGUGGGAAGGGCACCCAGACACGAGCGCGGCUCUGCACUAACCCUGCUCCUUCCCACGAUGGCUCCUACUGCGAGGGCUCUGACACACAGAUGCAGGUCUGCAACAAGAGGCACUGCCCAGUGGAUGGGAAGUGGGCCACGUGGGGCAGCUGGAGCUCCUGCACCCUGUCCUGUGGAGGAGGCAGCAGGCAGAGAAUGCGUCGCUGCUCAGACCCAGUCCCCCAGUUUGGGGGUCACAGAUGUGAAGGAAAUGACAUACAAAUUGAUUUUUGCAACAACAAUCCUUGUCCAAUUCAUGGCAACUGGGGCCCUUGGACUAGCUGGGGAACCUGCAGUCGAACAUGCAAUGGAGGGCAGAUGAGACGGUACCGGAGCUGUGACAAUCCUGUCCCUGCCAGUGGUGGCAGGGGCUGUGCAGGGGCUGACCUGCAGAUCCAGAGGUGCAGCACUGAGCUCUGCCCUGUGGAUGGGAACUGGGGGCAGUGGCAGAUGUGGAGCCCAUGCUCUGCUUCUUGUGGAGGAGGGGAGCAGACCCGAAAACGCCUGUGCAGCAAUCCAGCCCCACUGAAUCGUGGCCGUCCUUGUCCUGGAGACUCCUCACAGAUAUCUAGGUGUAACACCCAAGCAUGUCCUGGUGGGCCUUCACGUGCCAAAGGCAGCAUCAUUGGAAGUAUCAAUGGCAUUGAAUUUGGAGUUGCUUUCCUGAAUGCUGCAGUAACAGACAGCCCUGACUCUGAAACUAGAGUAGUACAAGCAAAGAUUACAAACAUCCCUCGGAGCCUUGGUCCAGCAAUGAGAAAGCUUGUUUCUAUACUCAGCCCUGUUUAUUGGACAACAGCAAAAGAAAUUGGAGAAGCAAUGAAUGGUUUUACUCUCACUGAUGCCAUCUUCAAGAGAGAAACUCAAGUGGAGUUUGCAACUGGAGAGAUUCUGAGAAUGACUCAUGUUGCCCGGGGGUUGGAUUCAGAUGGAGCCUUGCUGCUGGAUACUGUUGUGAGUGGCCAUGUGCUGCAGCUCCAGUCAGUAGCUGAUGUUGACAUAAAGGACUACACAGAAGACUAUAUUCAAACUGGCCCUGGGCAACUCUAUGCCCACUCUACUCGUCUCUUCACCAUCGAUGGAGUUAGUGUCCCCUACAUGUGGAACCACACCAUCACCUAUGACUACACCAAAGGAAAGAUGCCUUUCUUGGUGGAAACACUCCAUGUUUCUUCUGUUACAACAGAGUACAACCCACUGGAAGAAGCUGUGGCUUUUAAAAUCCAUGCUUCCAUUGCAAAAGGGGAUCGCAGCAAUCAGUGUCCUCCUGGGUUUGGUUUGGACUCAACUGGGCCUUACUGCUCAGAUGAAGAUGAAUGCACUGUGCGAAAUCCUUGUUCCCAUACCUGUCAUAAUGCCAUGGGAUCUUACUACUGCUCCUGUCCAAAAGGCCUCACAAUUUCUGCAGAUGGCAGAACAUGUCAGGAUAUUGAUGAGUGUGCAUUAGGUGGACAUACCUGCCAUGCUGGCCAGGACUGUGAGAACACCAUGGGCUCGUACCGCUGCGUGGUGAGAUGUGGGAAUGGCUUCAAGAGAACUGCUGAUGGAUUCAGCUGCCAAGAUGUGAACGAGUGUCAAGAGCUCAACUCCUGUCAUCAGCAUUGCUUCAACACCAUUGGAAGUUUCCACUGUGGUUGUGAGCCAGGAUACCAGCUGAAGGGCAGAAAAUGCGUGGAUGUAAAUGAGUGCAGGCAGAAUGUAUGCAGGCCUGAUCAACUUUGCAAAAACACUCGUGGUGGCUAUAAGUGUGUUGAUCUGUGUCCCAGUGGAAUGACCAAAGCAGAAAAUGGAACAUGUAUUGACAUUGAUGAAUGCAGGGAUGGAACCCACCAGUGUCGCUACAACCAGCUCUGUGAGAACACCCGAGGCAGCUACCGCUGUGUGUGUCCCAGGGGCUAUCGGGCCCAGGGAGUUGGCAGGCCUUGUGUGGACAUGAAUGAAUGUGAACAAGUGCCUAAACCCUGUGCAUUUCAAUGCACCAACACCCCCGGCAGCUUCAAGUGUCUCUGUCCACCUGGACACCAGUUAUUAGGGGACGGGAAAUCUUGCGCUGGACUGGAGAGAUUGCCAAGUUCUGGUGCCUAUUACAGUAGCUAUAGCUAUGCUCAAUUCUCCCCUGUGAGAGACAACCAUCAACCUCAACAGUAUUACAGGCACUCCUCAAAUCUCUACAGCUCCUUCUCAGAGUAUAGGAACAGCAGAAUACCUUUCUCCAGGACUAGAAGGAACAUUAGAGAAACUUGUCCUGAAGGCUAUGAGGCAAGAAAUGACAGAUGUGUAGACAUAGAUGAGUGUGAAACCAGAGAUAGUUGCCAGCAUGAAUGCAGAAACACCCUGGGAAGUUACCAGUGUUCUUGUCCAGCUGGGUACCGGCUCACGCCCAAUGGCAAAACUUGUCAAGAUGUUGAUGAAUGCCUUGAACAGAACAUUAAUUGUGGACCAAAUCAGAUGUGUUUCAACAUGAGGGGAAGCUACCAGUGCAUUGACACACCUUGUCCACCCAACUACCAGCGAGAGGCUCUGUCUGGGUUCUGUCUGAAAAACUGCCCAGCCAAUGACCUGGAGUGUGACCUAAGUACCUAUGCCCUGGAAUACAAACUCCUCUCCCUCCCUUUCGGCAUAGCUGCUGGGCAGGAUUUAAUCCGCCUGGUUGCAUACACUCAUGAUCAAGUCAUGCACCCAAGGACAACCUUCCUGAUGGCAGAGGAGGACCCAGAAGUCCCUUUUGCCCUGAGAGAUGAAAACCUGAAAGGAGUUGUGUUCACCACUCGAGCCCUCCAUGAGCCCAAGACGUACCGCAUGGGAGUCAGAGCCUUCUCCUACAGCACGGAUGGGAACAUUGAGUAUCAGACAACAUUCAUUGUCUAUAUAGCUGUGUCAGCCUACCCCUACUGAGCACCCAAAUGACUUGACAGUUAUUGCAGUAUUUUAUCCACAUCCCCAAGUGCUGGGGGGUGUCACCACUUCCAGACUGACUGCUGCCUACCACCCCCCUGGGAACCACGCCACUUGAAAAUGGUGCUGUGCUCUUUUUUUCUUCUCUUGCCCUCCUUCCCCAAGGCUGCCCAUCUGGUUGCUUUAUUCCAUUCAAGAGUAAAAUCCACGGGUCUGAAGACCCCUUACCACUUGCUUUAUUUAUUACACUGGAGUAGUUAUUAUUUUCCACAGUUUGUUCUCAAAACUAGCAGAAAAAUCAAAGUAUGAGCUGAAGUCUGUGGUUCAAGCAGUAAGCAAGGAGCAGCCUCUGCUGUAAGUAACUAAGAAAAUCCUAACCUGAAAUAAAAACAAACAUAAUUUCAAGCUCUCUACAUAUUUUAAAGGUUGCUAAGUGUUUUACAAUUUUAUAUCUUAGAUUUUUUUCU